AUGCUGAAACAAAAGAAAUUGGAUGAGGCGCUAAGGGCCGGUGCUGCUUCGAGGCGUGUUAAUGUCGAUAAGUUAAUGGGUUCAACGAUACAUGCGUUGAUCAAUUAUAACAUCGAAUUCACUCCAGCCAGCACUUCACAGAAUACAAUAGAAGAUGGCAGCGUGAAGUAUAUUCUCCUUAAACCAGAAAACGAACCAACAAAAAAGCGACAUGUAAUUAAUAAUGUUCAGUUUAAAAAAAAAGUUGCGAAAUUCGGAGUGCUCAAGUUUCAACAUGAACAACAUAACAAAGAAGUGAAGCAGAAUGCGGAAAAUAGGAAAUCCGCUAGGAAGAAGAGGUCAGGCAUUAUCGAAAAAUGUCAGCAAAAAAAAAGACAGCAAGUUAACGAAAGCUGA